UAAUUAAUUUUAAUACUAUUGGAAAAAUCUAAAUUUGUGUAAAACACGAAACGGAAAAGUAUCAAAAAUCAUGUCCGAUUACAUUCCGCCUGGUGAGCAGAUAGAAGACGAUGAAGUGCAGGAAAUCCUUCAAACCGGAACAGACUUGCGGCAGUAUUCUGCACAAAUCGAAAAAGAGUUUACGGAAGUGGAAAACCGUUCUAUCGAGGAUUAUAUCAAGGAGAGUCAAAACAUUGCCAAUCUGCACAACCAAAUCGGAAACACUUCUAAUAUUUUGGAGCGCAUGGAAUCGAUGCUGAUGGACAUUCAAGAUGCAUUGAAUAAUAUUAGCACUGAAAUUACGACGCUGCAGAGGAAAUCCGUUUCGAUGUCCGUACAGCUAACCAAUCGUCAAUCAAUAAGGGCUCAGCUAUCACAGUUCAUCGAGGAUAUGGCCGUUCCGGAAGAGAUGAUUUCCACAAUAAUGGAUAGUUCAGUAACGGAUAAGGAUUUUCUUACUCAUCUAAACGAAUUAAAUCAUAAGCUAAGUCUUAUGAAGGAACUUAGCUUCAAAGAGUCCAAGUCAUCACAGGACGUCAAUGAUGUGCUACAGAAGUUGAAAAUCAAGGCAAUGAGUAAGCUUCGGGUGUACUUAAUGGAGCAAAUCUACAAAUUUCGUAAACCCAUGACCAACUAUCAGAUUCCGCAGAAUGCGAUGCUAAAGUAUAAAUUUUUCUUCGAAUUUAUUUUAUCUAAUGAGCGUAUGGUAGCGCAGGAAAUCUGCAAUGAAUAUAUUGAUACGAUGGGUAAAAUUUACUACAGCUACUUCAAGAGUUAUUCUACCAGACUGGGAGCGCUUCGUUUCGAAGAAGCUGUUUCAAAGGAUGACCUAAUGGGUCUGGAAGAUACGGUAACACGCAGCAUUUUUUCCAAAGCGAGUUCCCUGAAGAAUAAAAGUACGGUAUUUUCAAUCGGAGAUCGAGGGGAUGUUCUGAACCAACAGCUAGAGGCACCCAUCAUUGUUCCACAUGCGCAGCAGAAAACUCGCUAUCCCUUUGAAGCAUUGUUCCGCUCGGAACAGUAUGCUUUAGUUGACAACGCAUGUCGAGAAUACUUGUUCGUGACAGAGUUUUUCAUUGUGCGAGGACCACAAGCGCAGGAGCUGUUCAAUCAAAUCAUGGGAAAGACUAUGGCGAUGUUGAUAAAAACCUUAGAAACCUAUGUUCAGGAUUGUUUCGACACAAUUGCGUUGUUUCUUUGCAUUCAACUUUGUCUACGAUACCAGUUGAUGUGUCAUAAACGAUGUGUACCAGCAUUGGAUCGAUAUUGGGACAACCUACAAGCAGUUAUUUGGCCAAGAUUCGAGCAGGUCUUCAGGAUGAAUAUUCAAAGCAUUCAAGAAUGUGAUCCCACCAAAUUCUCCAAAGAGACGGGCCCACACCACAUAACUAGACGUUAUGCUGAAUUUUCUGCCGCAAUAGUCGGCAUAUCGGAAAACUUUCCAAACGAGCUAGUUAGUCAUCUGUUGCUAGAACUACAGGAAGAAGUCAAAUGCUUCAUGCUACGAAUGGCAGCUAUUUUCACUACCCGCAAGGAACAGCUUAUUUAUCUUAUCAACAACUACGAUCUUGUACUCGGCGUGCUAAUGGAACGAACACGGGAUAAUUCUAAGGAGGCUGAAGCAUUCCGGGAGUUGCUGAGCACACGCAGUGCAGAAUAUGUGGAAGAAAUUCUUGCUCCACACCUCGGUGGUAUCAUACAAUAUGUGAAAGACUGCGAACACAUGUUGGAGAAAGAACAGACAGAAGAAUUCAAGCGUCAGGAGCGCCGUUCAUUGCAACUGGUUGCCAGUUUCUCCGCCAACUGGAAGAAAUCACUGGAAGAUCUGAAUCGCGAGGUAUUCCUAUCAUUUCCUUCUCUAGUAACUGGGUCUCAAUUGUUACAGCUUGCGUUGGCCCAGUUAGUUCAGUAUUACCAUAAGUUUUAUAAACUGCUAACGCCUAGCGCCAGGGCUCAGCUGGUAAACAUUCAUGUGAUUAUGAUAGAAAUCAAAAAGUAUAAGAGCAACUAUUAGACAAGGGGAAGAAUUUGACUUUGGCAAAUCGUACUAUUAAAUAUAUUGUAGAUAAAUUAAAAAGAAAUCUUGAAUUUUU